AUGCCAGAUCUGCUAGCGACUGCCACAAACAUCACAGGUUCCAACUUCGGUAGCUCAGUAAAAUGUGUUGUACACAGAAUAAAUACAUUUCGUUGCAUCAGCCUGACAGUGCCUCACUGUUUUGUAACCUUCCGCAAGCGAUUGGAGUUUGAAGAUUUCAAUCGAUCAGCGCUACUCGCCCGGUUUUUGUUAGUCGAAUGUGCUGGCCCUGUCCAGGCUCCAAUCAAAGCCGUUCUGCCUUCAGUGGAGCGAGCGGUUGCAGAGCCUCCACUGCAGCCGGCAGGCAUUGCAGGAUCUACACCGAUAGCCUUCGGCGGCGGCGCGGUGAUGUCUGAAAGGCAUUUCCGUGAUCUCCGCCGGCAGGACCCUGCUGCCUUUGUCUGA